UGGGAGGGCCCUAAAAGAGGAGCCACCAUGAGACACGGCCUAAAAAAAGAAUCUGAGCAGUUAAUAUUCUGUUCCGUCAAGUUUUUUGAUCACCGAAGGCCCCGGUCGCUACUUCAGACGGACAAGAAUUUCUGACUUCCAUCAAGCAUUCAUCAACCUCUGCUUUGGAAAGGACCCAAGAAGAGGCUUGACAAACUUCCGAAGUGCAGGGAGAUCACAGGCAUCAACUUUGCACUGAGAAUAAUUUCUGUCAUCCCAACAAAAAGAUGAAUAAUUGUAGAAUCAGCAGACGCAGAGGACCAACGAAGACAUCAAAUCACCUUGCAAGGAGCACCAGUAUUUGGUUAUAGUGAUAGAGGCAAUUUUUGAAGAACAGCCUGUGUCCAAGAAUUACAAGUUGUGGUCAGAAUAAUAUGCGAACAGAUCAUGAAGAACUCUGUGGCAGCAGUUACGGGUCUUUCUGUCUGAAUGGUGGGAUCUGUUAUACCAUACCUUCUGCUUCCAAUCCUUUUUGCAGGUGUGUUGACAACUACACAGGAGCUCGUUGCGAAGCAAUCUUGCUCCCCAGCAUCAAGAGCCACUCAAGAGGGGAACUGUUUGUAGCCGUGUUGGCUUCGGUUGUUGUUUUGAGUGUCCUGGUAGCCGGAGCGUUUUUUUUCCUUUGCAGGAAAGGCCAGAUCCCACGAGCCAAUGCCCUGGAGCGCGGCGAACACCUGAUUGAGGGAAACGGCAGGGAUGCUUGCAACAAAAUAACCGAAUAAAGAAAUCCGAAGAAGAAAUUAUGGACCAGCUGCAAGAGAAGUGGAAAAGCUGAAACCAUGCUGGAGAAUAUGGAAUCUGUAUCUGCGUUCCCAGAUACUCUGAACGAAGAAUGUGAUUUACGGGACCAAAUAUCUAGGCAGAAAUAUGCACAACUUAUGUUCUUACCGUUCCCAGACACAGGAGGUCAGAGGUAUGUGAAGAUGCUGAGAGAGACAAUAGAGUCAACUCCAUCCUCGGUAAUUAAAAUAGACAAAAUGCUUUUAAAGUAUUUCCGAACAUUAGUAGGUAAUAUCGAAAAGCUGUUGGAGAGCUUCCAUCCGUCUUUAUCGAAGGUGAAAUCAGCUUUAUGUUUUAGUAUCCUGCAACGGACUUUCCAGCUUAGUGAACAAAAUAAGAAGCAUUUUAUGUAAAGGUUUCCACAACGUACAGCGGUCGACAUCGGGCGAGCCCUUUUAGUCAUGAACGAUGUAGUCACCGUAUUCCUUUUUUUCUUCUGUUUGAAACAUUCCCAUUUGUAAAUAAAGUUUAUCCUUUUCAAAGACG